CAUACAUGCAUUAACUCAAGUUUUCUCCCCCCUAGGAGUUCUGCUGAAAAGGUAGAUUCUUUGUUGGAUUUCUGCAUUGAUUGGAAAAGACUUCAUUUGGUUGAGACUUAACCAUACAUCCGGAUAAAUAUAAAUUGGAGACAUGGCUCUCAAGAGAAAAAAAGGAGAAGGAAGCUGCAGCUCUGCCGACUCUGGCGAUUCAAUUAAGCCGAAGCCAAAGCCAAAGCCAAAGCGGAAACAAAUGAGUGCUUCAACUUUCGAGCGUCCAAAUAUGCAUUGGGAGGCUGAGUGGAACAUGCCAUUUUUGGACUUGCUCGAUGACAUUUGUAAAGGACGUGAGAGAUCGAUCGGUAGAGCUUUUGAUAAUGCAUUUUGGCUGGAGUUUGCAGCACUUUUUUGCACCAAGAUCGGCAGAUCUGGUAUCACCGCUGAAGAUUGUAAGGAAAGAACCAGAUUUUUCAAGAAAAAAUUCCGUGACUAUGAGGGUGAUGCUCCAACCGCUGAGGACAGGAAGAUUAUUUCCGUAUACCGACGAGACCCUGUCCCUAAAGUGCCUAGGGCCCCUGCAGGCUUUGGGGCAAGCGGUGAAGCCAGUGGUAGCAGCUCCCGUAGUAGGUCCCGUAGUAGGGCACGGUCCAGACCCUGCUCCACAGCAAGUUGUGGCUCAACACCUGAAGAAAUAAAAUGAUGAUUAUGCUUGCGGAGGAUGUUGCUGCUGCCGCUGAUGAUGAUAAUGUUGGAUUAUGCUCCAAAAUCAGUCAAAUAGUUUUCCUAAUAGUUAGAAUUAAUUGCUAAUAAUUAGUUAGUGAGUUAACAAGUAGUGGUCUAGAUAAUGGUCUAGUUAGUGGGAUAGCAAGUAGUGGGCUACAUAAUGGACAUGUUAUUAGUAGUGUUUUGUAUGUCUAUUUAAAGGUUGUUUUGUUAAGUUAUUUAUGUAUGAAAAUAUAUAAAAAUGUAGUCUUUUUAA